AUGAAUUCACUGUGGUCCCGUCUCAACAUCCUAUCGGCUCUUUCUCCAAAACAGUCUUGCCGUAGUGUGCAAAACACUAUUCCCCAACCAACCAAUGCUUGUGAAAAUGCACCACACCUUGCCGAAGCAAGCAUGAAUCCAGAAAGUUCAAAUCAGGAAAACAUAUAUACUGAUAUGUAUACAUUCAGUUCAAUCAGUGCAAUCAGUCCAAUCAAUGAUUCAAGAAUCCCUACUUCACCAAUCUCGUCCCUGAUUGAGGCAGCUAUGAUACUGCAGUCUGGAAAGCAAUGCGACUCUACAGUAUCAACCAUAUAUACUGCAGAGUCCAUUGCACCAGAUUCAGCAGUGGCUGGCCAUUCAUCAGGACCCGUUGAGCAUUAUACCGAUGCUCAAGCAUCUAUGCUGUCAUACAGCUAUGCUAAACGGGUUUUGGCGUGUGACAAACCGCCUUUUGAAACUCGGUAUAAAAUCCUGUUCAGUGUUUGCAGUCUCUGCAGUGGUGACUGGACCAAACUCAUGAUUGCUGAAAACAUGGCAAGAUCACCGCAUCAAUCAACCAGUACCGUUUACUCGACCACCCAAUGCAUCCGUGACAAAUGUAAGGUGCUUUCGAUUGAUCCAGACAGUGCAUCUGUGUCUGAUGCAACUCGACUGGUAUAUGUAGUUGGAUCUGUGGGCAUGCGAUUGAUCAACAGCGAUUUGUCAGUGUACACGCAGACCAACAAUUUGUGUGGUAUCAGUCCAAUCCAAACUACUGGCAGGGCAAUUCGAGGUAAUAUGAACUCGAUUGGAAACGUUGACUUUUUCACAUUGAUGGACGAAAUGCUACAAACAGUCAAAUACCUCACCAUGCAAGUUGUAUUCCUGAAAACUGAUAUGGACGCUGUGACUAGCGCAUUUGGUCAGUUGCAGAGCCAAACCAAUGACAUUGUUGUCAUGAUGACCAAACACGACAGUGUCAUUCGAUCAUUACUGGGACAGAUCUUGGUCAAACUGGACUCUGGUUGCUCACCAACACAUGCAGUUGUUAUACCAGUUGUGGUAUUCGAAACCAUUUCCACGACUGUGAACAUCACCGCAACAGUGACUGUGUUUUGCCCACAAAGUCAAUCCAAGUUGUUCAUAUGCGACAACAGCACGUUGCACACACACGCAGACUGUCGAUACGGAAUGUCAAGCAACAAUCGACUUAUUCCGUAG